CUCAAUUGCUCUCCCACGCGGCUCGCGCGCGCGCGCGCGUAAAUGAGACUAGUAUAUCCACGCUCACAGAAGCAGCAACCCUUUCGCCAUUCGAGCGAGCUUCUGAGUUCUCCGCCAAAAUCCGCCUCCUUAAACGCGAGUCAAGAAAGCUGAAUCCGGCCGCCGCCAUUGAUGGCCCAUGCCGCCGUCGCGGGGCUCGCCUCGCUCUUACUCCUCUACGCGCACGUGCAUGUCCGCGCCGACGCGGCGGCGACGCUGGUGCAGGGGCAGUUGCUGGGCGGGAACGACACGCUGGUGUCGGCCAACGGCACCUUCGCGCUGGGCUUCUUCGCGCCCCGCGGCGCCGGAGGCAACCCGGAGCGGCGGUACCUGGGUGUCAUGUACGCGCAGGCGGCCGAGCAGACCGUGCCGUGGGUGGCCAACCGCGACGCCCCCGUGAGCGCGGCCUCCGGAGCCUACUCCGCCACCGUCACGGCCUCCGGCGAGCUGCAGGUGCUGGAGGGGGACCGCGUCGCGUGGCGCACCAACACGUCCUCGCCGCUGGGAAACGUCACGCUGACCAUCUUCGACAGCGGGAACCUCGUGCUGUCCGCGGGCGGCGAGGGCGCGCAGGCGGUAGUAGUUUGGCAGAGCUUUGACCACCCGGCGGACACCUUCCUCCCCGGGAUGAGCAUCACACUGGACCGGCGCAACGGGGCCGUCAGGCGGACGCUGUUCACGUCGUGGCGGAGCCCCGGCGACCCGGCCACAGGCGACUUCACGCUGGGAAUCGACCCGCUCGGCUCGGCGCAGCUCUACAUCUGGCAGAGCCGGGGCGGCGAGAACACCACCUACUGGCGGUCGGGGCAGUGGGCGAACACCAACUUCGUCGGCGUCCCGUGGAGGUCGCUCUACGUGUACGGGUUCAAGCUCAACGGCGAUCAGUCGCAGAGCAACGGGAUCAUGUCCUACACGUUCAGCACGUACAACAGCUCGCAGUACCGGUUCAUGCUCCACCCCAACGGCACCGAGACGUGCUACAUGCUCCUCGAUGGCACCGGCGACUGGGAGACCGUCUGGUCGCAGCCGACCAUCCCGUGCCAGGCGUACAACAUGUGCGGCGCCAACGCCGAGUGCGCCGCCGGUGACAAUGGACAGGCCAUCUGCAGCUGCUUAAAAGGUUUCGAGCCGAGAUCCGCAGCGGAGUACAGCAACGGGAACUGGACGCUGGGCUGCGUGAGGAGCGCCCCGCUGACCUGCGAGAAGAACAUAAGCGGCGGCGACGUGUUCGCCGAUCUCGCUGGCGUGAAGCUGCCGAACUUCGCCGUUUGGGGAUCGACGGUGGGCGACGAGGACGCGUGCAAGCAGUCGUGCUUGGCGAACUGCUCGUGCGGCGCGUACAGCUACAACACGGGCACCGGGUGCCUGACCUGGGGGCAGGAGCUGAUGGACAUCUACCAGUUCCCAACAGAAGAGGGCUAUGACCUGCACAUCAAGGUCCCUGCAUCCGUGUUAGAAACAGGCUCUAAAACGAGGCGAUGGACGACAGUUAUCGUUGUUGUAGCAAUCGUCGUAGCUGCUAUAUUGGCAGCAUGCGGCCUUCUCCUGUGGAAAUGCAGGAGAAGAAUCAAAGGGAAACUUGGCAUUGUUGGCAGGGAAAAUAAAAAACCCUCAUUGCUGCGUCUUGCUAGGGAAGCAAGGCAAGAUUUCUCAGGACCGAAACAACCUGAUCGAGAGGAAGCGGAGGACGGCAAGACCUGCGAGCUGCCGCUGUUCGCCUUCGAGAUCUUGGCGGCGGCCACCGGCGACUUCAACAGCGCUAACAAGCUCGGGGAGGGAGGCUUCGGCCAUGUCUACAAGGGAAGGCUUCCUGGGGGCGAGGAGAUUGCAGUGAAGAGGCUGUCCCGGAGCUCCGGCCAGGGGCGGGAAGAGUUCAAGAACGAGGUGAUACUGAUCGCGAAGCUUCAACACCGCAACCUUGUCAAGCUGCUAGGGUGCUGCAUCCAGGGGGAGGAGAAGAUCUUGGUGUACGAGUACAUGCCCAACAAGAGCCUGGACGCCUUCCUCUUCGAUCCGGCGAGGCGAGGGCUGCUGGACUGGAAGACGAGGUUCCACAUUAUCGAGGGGAUCGCCCGGGGGCUCCUCUACCUCCACAGGGACUCGAGGCUCCGCGUGGUGCACCGUGACCUCAAGGCCAGCAACAUCCUCCUGGACCACGACAUGAACCCCAAGAUCUCGGACUUCGGCAUGGCGCGGAUCUUCGGCGGCGACCAGAAUCAGGUCAACACCAACCGCGUCGUCGGCACGCUGGGGUACAUGUCGCCGGAGUACGCGAUGGAGGGGCUGUUCUCCGUGAGGUCCGACGUGUACAGCUUCGGGAUCCUGAUCCUGGAGAUCAUCUCCGGCCAGAAGAACAGCAGCUUCCACCACAUGGAGGGCUCCCUCAACAUCGUAGGCUACGCGUGGCAGCUGUGGAACGCGGACAAGGGGGAGCAGCUCAUCGACCCGUCGAUCCGGGGGACGUGCUCGGUGCGGGAGGCGCUGCGGUGCGUGCACAUGGCGCUGCUGUGCGUGCAGGACCACGCGUGCGACCGGCCGGACAUCCCCUACGUGGUGCUGGCGCUGGGCAGCGACAGCUCCGUGCUGCCGAUGCCCAAGCCGCCGACGUUCACGCUGCAGUGCACGUCGUCGGACAGGGACUGGCUCUUCAGGGACAAGGCCGACGAGUCCUACUCCGCCUGCGAUCUCACCGUAACCAUGCUCAAAGGCAGGUAGGUAGUACUACUUAGGCAGGGUGGACCGAAUAGUAGGGCUGGCUGUACAUAUACACUAGGUACGGUGUUUAAUCGCUAGUAGAUAGAGGAUUGAGAUGGGUGCGUUUGGGGUGCUUCAACUACGUACAGAGGUUGUCUUCCUUCGCUCUGUCAAUUUGGUAAUAGCAUUUCCAUUAACAGGCCAUUCCUUGUUCAACUGUGCUAAUUUUCGAGCAUGUACAUCUAUUUUUGGUAAAAAGAUGUCUGUACUCUC